AUGUAUAACAUAUUUUUAAAAAAACAGAGUGUUUAUUUUAUAUCUGCAAAUCAAGAAGGGCAAUCUCAUGCAAAAGGUAAAUUAAUAGAACGUUGGAAAAAUGUUUCAAGGCGUUUAAGAAAAGUUGGUGCAAUUGAAAGUCAAAAGAAAAAACUUGAUGAUUCAACAGGCACUUUUAUACCAUAUGUAUUUUCAGAUGAAGUUAAAUUAGCUAAAGAGUGGCUUAGUAAUGAUGGAUUAAACGCUUCUUUCAAUGAAAUUUUAAAAAAAUGGGAAAUAACAUAUGAACUAAGAUGCGCUGAAAUUCAAAAUAACUUGAAUUUGUCAGAUGUAUUUGAAUUGUGGCCCAUUCUUCAAAACCCAAGAGGAUAUGAAUUGGUUGAAAAAGAUUUUGAACUUCAGUACCCUAAUAGAGAAGAAUUCAAAGAUUGGAAUAUUUUCCUAAGAAACUGGACUUGCUUUACUAGAUCCAUUGUUAACAUUAGACGAGGUUCUGUUAAAGAUAAACAUGCUCUACAAUUACUUUCCCAACUUGAUUCAGCAGAAUUAAAUAAAGAAUACCGAACUAUCAACAUUAUUAGACUGCUACUUUUACCUUAUCUCAUCCCUACAAAAACUCAGAUUAAAAAUCCAAAAAUUAAUGCAGCUAAGAAAUUCUGGAAACCGUCCUUAGAAGAGUCAGCUUCUGCGUUUGUUACACAUGUUACUAACUUAACUACAUUAGAACACAGUAUUUCUAGAAGACGCAGAAAUUAUAUGGAGCAUGGUGCAACAAUUCAACCAUUUUUAAUCAUAGUUGGUAAAACUUUAUCUGAUAUUGAAAAUAGUUAUAUUCAGGUUAAUGACCAAUUGUGGUCAACCAACUGUCCUUUAGAAGCUCUUAGUAUAUGUUUUAAGACUUACUUCUCUUUUAAUUGCUCUUACCCUAGAGAGUGCUAUGAAACAUGGCUGCUUAUUCAAAUCCAUGUAUUUAAUUUAAAGACCAAGUAUGAUAAACCAACAGCCAUAACAAAUACUUUGUCUAAAAAAUUAGAUGCUCUUCAAUAA